AUGGCUUCGCCUUCACCGAGGUCGCCCAACGGCGAGGACCGUCUGCCCGUCUAUGGGACCAAGGUGGCCGGCAAGGAUGAUACGGCCGUGUUGGAUAUCGAGAAGAAUCGUCGGACUCGCACCAAGACUCCUGAACCCGUCGAACAGCGCAACGGUACAGCGACACCAAAUCCCCCUGCCGUUCUGGCGCCAUUCGACUGGGAUGACUUCGAGGUGCGAUAUGAGAAGGCGCUGGCCGAGGCAGAGGGACAGGAACGAGAAGUCCUCAAAGAGGCCGAAGGUCUCUUCAGGUACUUUGAAGCGUGGUCCUCAGCUGCAUCAGCCCAUGAUGACAAGCGCGCGGUGAAGCGGCUUCAGACGCGACAACGGUACAUCAACAUUUCUGAGCAAAGAAUGGCUCAGAAGCAGCAGCAUUAUGAUGAGGUCAUGCGUGCAUUCGAGAGUGCAUUGGCCUUGCUGCGAUCUACUUAG